CAUUCACCUCAUGUGCAAAAGUAGCGAACUCUGCGAGAAUCUGGUCUUAGUAGGGCUUACGGAAGUAAUAGGGAAGGUAGCAGCAUUUGAAACGCCCAAAGGAGUCAUUGCCAUGCAGCUUUUGCACACAGUUGAGGGUGAAGAUGAGGAGUGAAUUUUGGAUCGUCGCCCAGCAGACGGACGAGGUCGGCGUUUUGUACCCACUUCCAGCCAAGUGGAUAACCCAACCGGCUGACGGCUGGAGGGUCGGGGCCGUAACUGAAGCCUCAUUUGUGCAGAAGCACAGUGACAAGAAAAACGAGACGUUUACCUGGGCCUGCAAGAGGGCAGUAGAUAAGGACACCGACUUCACUGACCGAGGUGCCACCUGGAAACAGGUGACUGUCAAGCUGAAAUGCGGACCCUUCAAUGGCUAUGAUGCUGCGAUGGAGGCGCUGAAGGAUAAGAAUCUCUCGUCGAGUAGUCCCACGGAUGCUGACAACAGCAGCAGCGGCAGUGAUACAUCCUCGGACUCGGAUGACGGAGGUGCCACACCAGUUCUGACCCAGCUAACUAGCAGUACUGCACUCCCCCAGCAAAGUAGCCAUCCAAUUUUGCAAUCGGCGGCGGUGUCACACACACAGGCUCAUCAGUCGCAGCAGCCUCUCAUUCAGAAGCAACUGCAGCCACCCACGUCGAGUUCAAAUGCGCUGCCCAAGAUGCCGUCGGCGACUUGCAUCUCCUGCCGCUGUGCUGCUGGAUUGUUGCUACAGCCGACACCACAUGAGUUGACCGCUAUUAAGGUGCUGGCUGCGAAGCUGAAGGACAGAGCAUUUUGCCAGGAUUCGCCCCCUGAAGACUUUUCUUACUGGCUCGCCAUGAUGACGGCCACCAACGCGUAUCAACUUAUCCGUCUGGAGUCGCAGAUCCAGCAAAAUCAGACAGCGAUUAUGGCAGCGAUACAGGACCUAGCGCGCGGGACGGGCGUGCGAGGCAGAGAAGCUGGUGCAAAGACACCAAUGAACCAGCUGUUUGGGUACUCCUUUCCCAUCGACAAUCUGUGGAAACUUGUUGACCUGAAUAACAAGCUCAAGGAGGAGGGGCAGCACCUUGACCGUUACCGUGAGGAGUGUGCAAUCAGGGGAGGCGCAACGGUAAAGGACGCGGUGAGGCGUGUGCACGAGUACGUUAUGCAGUACUCGGUGUCACGGCAAGUAAAUGCAACGGGGACGUCCUUCACGUCCCUCGACCUUGAAGAGAGAGCGCAGUUUACUACGACAAAGGAUGGAGCACAAGUGAAAUUAACGAAGAAAAUGUCGCUCAGGAAAGAGUUAAAGGCAUUUCGCGACGUGACUGUCGAUGUAAUUCUAAACAUGAAAGGCUUUCGCUCUGACGAGGUGGUCACCCUCUGCUCUGUGCAGACUGCAUUCGGGCAGUUUUAUCACGCAGCGCGGGACCAACAACUCCAGGCCACAGGGGCGCCGCGGAAGAGGCGCCGCGAGGAUGGCAGGGGCCCCGACGAAGUCGACAUGCAGCAACUAUUAUUAGGGGUCAUUGAUAAUGUUGCUGACGGCCAGCAGGCAACCUCAUCUCGUGCGACCGAUCAAGGCGGGUCGGGCUGGAUGCCGACGACGGCGGAAAGGACUGGUGAUUCAGAAUAUGACGACGAACUUUUAGGAACGGACGAAAACAUUUCUCUGGACGGCCAAGUUGCCCGCACGAGGACAUUGGGCUUGAAAGAAUUUUAAUUUUUUUUUCCUAAAUUGUGUUAAUGUGUUUGUUACUGCUGUAAGUUACAAUUAGGGGGGGGGGGUAAGUGAGAAAAAAUGAAAUUACACUAAAAACUCAAUAGUGUUCAUAGCAUGCACACUGUACAAACAGUGUGCAUGGUAUGCACACCGUACGAACAGUGUGCAGGACAUGCAAACAAUAGCUUUGAAAACUUAACAGUUGGCACUACUUCCUUUCAGACACAUGCCUUUGCAAAUUAGACGACAUUUUCGGUUUUCUCGGGAGAAGAGUUUUAGAACGAGUUACCAUGUGAUAUGGUUCAAAUCCACCACUUCCAUAACUUCGUUAAUGCUACCAGAACAUUCGAAGGAAUUUCGGCAGUGGUGAGUUUAAACCCUAUCGCAUGGAAGCUCGUUUGGAAGCUUUUUUGACGAGGAAAGUGGAGAUGCCUCCCACUUUUCAAGAUUAUGCGUCCGAAAGGAAAUCGUGAACAAUUGCUGAGUUUUAGAGCAAUUGUGUGCAUGCUAUGCACACUGUGGAGUUUUCAGUGUGUUGGAUUCUCUGACCAAAAAAAUUGAAAUACUGAAAAUGCACUAUUUUCCCUUCUUGGAGGAUUCAUUAUCAUGUAGCGUUUUGUUCUGAUUCGAUUGAUCCUAUCAGUAAGUACCUUAACGUCAUGGGAAACUAUAGUUAUUAGCCAAAACCCACUUAAAAGUGGUAUAGCCAGAAUGUGACAAUGCGUGCAUCAUUCCUUCAAAACCUCAAGGUUUAAAAAUACCCCGUCAAGGUUUUUAAAAUCAAAAAAGUUAAUACUAUAAGUUAUGAGUGCAUUCUUUAAUGGUUUUGACCCCUAGAAGAUUGCUCUGCAAACGUGUUGGGUUUGCAGAGUACUCUACACUAAGAAGGAACUAUCGUUGCACUACAUUGCAAACUUUUUAAAGGUAUUGCCAUAUCUAAUUUUAUUUGUUCGCCUCUUAUAAGUUAUACAUGUGUGUUUAUGUGACUUGUUUUUAUUAAGUUAGGUCUGUACAAAUGUAUAUAUAGAUAAUUUGGGACACUGGAUGUAGUUCUACUUUUUAUAUAUUCGUAUCAUUCGGACAAGCCAUUUAAUACACUGUAAAUUCAAGUGUGUGAAUGUCGCACACUUGUAGUUCUGUGAACAUCCAUUCGUACACUUACGAGGGUAAACGUGUGAAUUUUCUAGGAAAACUUCACACGUUUACCCCCUUGAGUGUGCGAAUGGAUUUUCACACACCUACAAGUGUGCGCCAUUCACACACUUAAGUUUCAAAUGUAACUAGUACAGCAAGUUUUUAUGUAAUUAUGUACGUACAACCGCUUGUGAGUGGCAUCUAUCAAUUUUGAUCCUUAUUUUUUUUAGUUUGUGAGUAUUUAUCGAUGAGUGUCUUUUUGUGCAUGUGUGCCCAUAGCAGUUAUUAAUUUGUUUGAUGGCAUUGUUUCGUGAUUUUAUUUGAUAUCUGCAAUAAUUUUUUGGAACAAUAAUAUACUAUCUCUGGUAUUCUCAUGA